AUGGAGAGCCCAAUGCGAGUCAUCAUCUCUACCUGCGUUACUGAUAUUGGUGGUAAUCCACAGCGACGCCAUAAUACUCUAGGGAGUGCGUUCUGCGAGGAAGUCUUAAACCGAGAAUUCCGUGCGUCACUCCAACCUACUGGAUACGACCAUGUCCACAUCCCCGCGGAUUUCGACUCGGCCAAGCCGGUGAAGCGCUGGUUUAUCUUCGACUUGAACGUACGUGGAGAACUCGGCGCGGAUGAAGUUGCGCAGAUCCCUCAUCAAGUCUAUCUGGGUAGCCGCCAGGGAGACAAUUGGAUUUUCAUUCCACGCCCACAAUGGAUUGACUCCGCAAAAUCCCGAGCCAACUCAUAUACAUGGGGCGGAAGACUGGAACAGAAACUAGUGGCUGGUAUGAGGAAUGCAUUGCUCCAGGCGUGA